AACUUUCAAACCGCGCGGAUGUCUGGCUCACGUGAUACCACAUUUCAAAAUGGCGGCGCCCACUAAGCUCGAAUUUGAUGUUGACAUGACAUGUGGAAAUUGUGUGAAAAAAAUUGAAAAUGCUUUCAAGGGCAUAGAAGGUGUGAAAUCACUGGAUGUCAAUUUGUUGAGGGGACAGGUUAUAGUGGAGUGUAACCUUGGAACAGAGAAAGUUAAAUCAGUGAUUGAGAGCACUGGAAAGAAAGCUGUGCUCAAAGGCAUGGGUGGCUCCAAAGGUCAUUUAGGUGCUGCUGUCUCAAUCAUGGAUGUAGGGAGUGAGGCUAUUCGAGGACUGAUCAGGCUGGUACAGACAGACGAACGCCAACUGGUCAUUGACGGGACGUUGGAUGGACUUACCCCAGGUGUGCAUGGCCUGUGUGUUCACGAGUGUGGGGACAUCAGCGAGGGCUGUAACAGUUGUGGUGAUAUAUAUGGUCGUGAUGUGUCUGGACAGGUGUCCAUGGGCGAGUUAGGGGACAUAAAGGCGGGUCCAGAUGGGAGGGCGGAGUUUCGAAUUGUGAGUGACAGGCUGAAGGUAUGGGAGAUGAUUGGUCGGUCUUUGAUCAUUCACAACGGCAGCAUCGAUGAGAUCAAAAGAAACAACAGCAGAGACCAAAGGCUGACGUGUGGUAUAAUCGCUAGAUCAGCUGGCUUGUUCCAGAAUUCCAAGAAGAUAUGCGCAUGUGAUGGGGUGACACAGUGGGAGGAGAGGAACGUCCCCGCAGCUGGACACUCGCGGCAAGCACAUUUGUGAUGUAACCAUAUGUAUCAUAAUGCGAUGGCGUAAAAACACAACUUGUUGAAUUGUUGAUUUACACGACGCUUUCCAAGUUGAAAAAUAUUGUAAUCAACACAAUACAAACAAGACCAUCGCGGACCUAGUGACACCAAGAAAAUGAAUCCGAUCUCUCUGUUUGUCUGAGGUGUACUUACUAACUGCUUGAUUUCAGCCACCAUAUAUAUUAAAACACUCAUCGGAAACGUGACGAAGGUAACUCAAAAUAGACGAAUGCAGAAUGAAUCACUCCUUGCAACGCAAACACAUCACUAAAUAAUUAUGUCUAUCGGCCAAACUCGACGCUUAUAUGUGAUUGUAUGCUCAUGGCAAAGUCAAGAGGACAUAUUGUAUAACUACAUAAAAUAUGAAGUGUAAACAAGAAUUACUUCCAUAAAGAAAAAUGUCUGACGACCAAGCUCGACCGUUUAUAUGUACACUGUAUGUUUAUGGCAAAUUCAAGAGGACAUGCACAAAAAUUAAACCUAAAGUGUAAACAAGAAUUUAAAUUUAACUCUGGGUUGAAUUUUAUUGCAAUUCGAUGUGUUCAUUAAAAAUUGUCCAGAUAAUUUACUUUAUAAUUUGACACAAGCUAUAAGAUGAAUUUGCUGUUAUUGUAACUAGAAGAGUUUGUCAAAUGUUUAGUAUGUUAUGACGCUGCACAUGGCCACGGUUACCCGAAUUUUAAAAACAAUUCUGGCCACAUGUUCACAAAACUGUUUAUUGACAAUUUAAACGACAAUAAAAACGUGUUUUAAAUUUGGGGGCACUAAAGCUGUAUUGAUGCAACAAUUAUUUAACAUGUUCUUCUAUGGAUAUGUCCCAGAAUUGUGUCUGUUUACAUCGAUUGACCUUUUUUGUGAAUACCAACUCGAUAAAAAUUACACUUAAUGUCAAGUACAAUCGAAAAUUGAUGUCAGUGUGUUUUUUAAACACAUAGUGGGUUUUUAAAUGUUGAUAUUUUAAGUAACAUGUUGUUGUAUUUCCUAAGUUAUUGAUGACAAAAUUCUAUGUUAAUUUAUAUUUUAUACAGAACGUCAUGUAUAUUUAUAUCUAUUUAUACUGAACGUCAUAUGUUACUUCUUGUUUUAAAUAUAUAAUAAAUAAUAUAUUAAAUAUUGAAACAUAGUGAUUAUUGUUAUUAUAUCCCACAGACGCAGUUAGAGUGUGGCCUGAAACCCGGUAUUCUGGCGGUACCAAGGAAUAAUCAUUUGCUUCAAAAACAUGUUGAUAUAUAAGAUAAAUGAUUUAACAGAUAAACAUAUAUGACUUUA